CACAAAGGAUCUUAGGGCUAAAAGUGGGUCCUAACUGGCGAAUUUAGGAGUAACUCCUAAAAAUAAUGGGCGUGUCACUCUUAAAUUUAGGACUCCUAACUUUUUUCACUAAGAGCAAUUCACAAAGUAUUUUAGGCCUAAAAGUAGCACCUAAGUCUAGGAGAGCUUAAAAGUCCUCGAGAGGACUCCUAACUCACUAAGACCUAUUCACAAAGGAUCGCAAAAUGGCUGCGAGACGAAAUGUGUUGGAGACAAUGGAAGACUGUGAGUUGAUAAAGAGAUAUAGGCUUAAUCGUGAGGGCAUUAAAAUUGUUGUGGAGUUAGUGCGGGAUGCAAUAACAUCCCCGACUAACAGAAACAAUCCAAUUAGUCCCGAAAUAAAAUGUUUGGCAACGCUGCGCUAUUUAGCAACAGGGAAAAUGCAACUUUGCAAUGCCGACGAUUUAGGAAUAUCGCAACCAUCAGUCAGCCGUGCCAUAAACCAAACCAUCAACGCGCUCUCUAGACCACAUAUAAUCCAACAGUUUAUCCGGUUUCCUUUGGACAUUCAACAUUUACACAGGAUCAAAGCCAACUUCAUGGCAAUUGCAGGUAUGCCCGCCUUGCCCGGUGUGGUCGGUGUUAUUGACGGGACGCACAUAAAAAUAAUCGCGCCAUCAAAUGACGAGGACGCGUUCGUCAAUAGAAAGAAGGUGCAUUCCAUCAACACCCAGGUUGUUUUUGAUGCAAAUUUUAACAUACUGGAUGUUGUUGCCAAGUGGCCUGGAGCUACCCAUGAUUCGCGCAUUUUAACGGAGAGCGGUCUGAGGCAGCUUUUUGAGAGGCACCAUGUACCAGUUGGGUGUCACUUGCUGGGUGACAGUGGCUAUCCCUGCAAGACGUGGCUCUUGACACCCUACCUCAAUCCACAACCGGGAGCACAGUUAACGUAUAACAUAGCACACAAACAUACACGAAAUGUUGUGGAGAGAGGAAUUGGGCAGAUGAAACGUCGGUUUCAUGUCCUCCACGGCGAAAUUCGCCUCACCCCAGAGAGGGCAAGCACAGUAAUCACUGUAUGUGCCAUUCUCCACAACCUCUGCAAGCGGAGGAACAUUCCACAGCCAGAAGAUGAUGACGACGAUGAAGAGGACGAUGAUGAUGAUGGCGAUCAACAUGACGAGGAAUUUGGCCGUGUGGAACCGAGUGGACUGGCAUUUAGGGAUCACUUUGUGAAUACACAUUUUAGGUAAACACCUUGGCACAAAUCAGUCAACACACAUUUGUGUAGUUCAAAACAUUUAUUUUCUUUCAAUUUUUAAAAUUUUCCAUCUUAAGACAGUAAUAUUCAGUCUUCAUUUUUAUAAGCCGCUCUUUCGCUUUGAGGACCUUUCUUUGCCUUUUUAAAACCCUCAUUUCCAGCCUCAAUUUCUUCUCCAACAGUGAACUGGCACCAGCAGCAGGAGGGAGAGGAGAGCCAGUGGGUGCACCAAGAGGGAGAGUUGGAAGAGGAAGAGCAGGGAGAGGAAGAGCUGUGAGAGGAGGUGCAGCUGGAAGAGGACGAGCUGUGAGAGGAGGUGCAGCUGGAAGAGGAAGAGCUGGCAGAGGAAGGGCUAGGAUGGGGAGAAGAGGAAGAGCUGUCUGAUGUGAUGCUGCAGCUGCAGCAGGACUUUGUUCUUCAUUUCUCCUGUGGGGAAUAUAUAUAUAUAAUUUGUCACACAUUUUUGGGAAGUGGGUUGACCAGUUGCACAUUGUAAUUCUUCUGUAAAUAUUAAACAGAAAGGUUUUUCAUGGAGCCUAUUGCAAUCAUUGCAUACAUACCCCUCAAUCUCCUUUAGCAAAUCGACU